UUGUGAAUUCUCUAUGCCAGAGCGGAAAGCGAAAAGAGCCAAAUCUUAGAUAACAAAGUGAACACCAGGCGCAAAACAUGGGCUCCACCAUCCAAAACUCGCCCCUCCUCCAGCUGCCCCCCGAGCUCCGCAACACAAUCUGGGCCCUCGUCGCAGCGCCCCUCCCCGUCGACUUUGAGUUCAACUGCGAUGAGCAGCCCGUCCUAGGCCUCAUCAACACCUGCAAGCAAACCGCCCGCGAACUCGCGCCGCACUUGUUUCCCCGCAACGAGGCGGGCGAGAUAUCCUGCCUCACCAUCCGCAUCACGGCGACAUGUCGCAAGGACCAGUGGAUCACCAUCGCUGCGUCGCAUAGCGUUAAGAGCGCGGAUUUCCCGGCGCCGCGGUAUAUUCAUGUGAAUCAUAUGGAUAAUCUCGUGUUUGACGAGCUUCGAGACGCGAAGAAGAUUGAGAAUGUGUUUGUGGAGUUUCGGGGGCCGUGGUUUCCGGCUGAUGCGCCGUGGUACUCGCCGCAUCAUGUUCCCAGAAAAACAAGCGGUUUUCGCUUCAUGAUGAUUGACAAGAAUAAUCGAGGAUGUCAGGGUGAACCCAUCCUCGACACCGAAAAGUUCUGGCGCCAGUGGAACGCGCCGUUCCUCUGCCACUGGGCAAAGGCCAACGACGUGGCGCGCCUCCUCGGCUCCCUCAAGGCCAUAGGAACCCUCAACAUCAAGUUCAUAGACUGGGAGAAGAACUAUAUGAUGGUGAGGCAGCGCAUCCUGCCCAUGUACUGGGACGCCUUCCCCUUCGGAGGGCAGUGGAAGCGCCUCGGCGUCCCAGAGCUGCUCCUCACGCCCUUCAACCGCGGCGAGAACAUCCCGAACCUGGUCGGCGAGCAGCGCGUACUGACGCGGUUCGGAGCCCUGGAUCUCAGCAGGCCGCCGCGGGAGGAUGAUCUUCUGGAGUGCCAUCCUCAUCCGGAUAGGCCGCUUCGUGGGUCGGCGAUAUGUUUGGAUCGGCUUGCGCCUCUGUUCUUUUAUCGUGGCGGGCUCCCUUCCGCUUCCGCGGCUGGACAUUUCAACGUGGACUUUGAGGAUUUGGAAGACCGAUUUCUGUCGCUGCUGGAAGAGGUGGGGGAGGAGCACUACGAUACGUGGGCAUUGCAGCAGCAUCGAGAGGCGACGCGCCAUACUUCACUCAACAAUUUCUUCCAACGGAUCGCCCACCGGAUGAAUCGUGAUGAUUCAGAUUCACCCGCCAGUCAAUCGUAACGGGAUGCAAGGGUCGAAGUCGGAUGCACGAUCGGCCCACGAGUUCUGACAGGUCUUGAAAUCAUAUGGACCGCGAGAUAUACCCCUUCUAUCAAAUAACCAGAUCAAAGGCGGUCAAAAAGACGGCCAACAAUCAGACAGCGGGACCUGAGGUGCCUAUCUACUGCUCACUCGCCACUUCCAACUUGGUUCAGGCACUUGGCAGUGAGACGCUGUGAUAAGCAAGCUCCAACUCUCCAAGGGUCGUGCUGACCGCAUGGUCAGACAGUGAAGGUGCCUGCAAUCUGCAGCAGUCUGCACUGCUGCACUCUGCAGCCCACGCCGUCUUACGGCAAAAGUCGGCUGAUUGAAUCGGCACUGGCCCAUUCAGGAAAUCUCAAUCCACCUCGGGUUGCGAUCUAGAGCUCGCGGCAUCAGGGAGACAGGCAGGUGCACGAGCAAACGUGCAAGACAGCCACAAGCGCAGGGACGGAAAGGACGCGUGUGAAGCUGUCGUCGCUUGUCUCUGGCUUUCGUCUGGUCCUGUCCCAAAGUGUCAGCUGUUCAGCUAGCCUAGCUAGCAAUUGCCGGUCCAUCCGUCCCUUUGGGAUGAAAGCACCUAAAAUAGGUGACAAAACAGACGACAAGAAGAAAGUCAGAAACGCUAAGGCAGACAAGCACCUCCGUAAAGCUCAGCGUCUGAGCGAAACCACGUUGCGAGUCAAUAAGCAGCAAAGCCUGAUGGGGUCACUGGUCAGUGUUCUGACGCCACACGGUGAGAGUUGCGAUGGGGCGUUUGAUUGGGCUCUUAGCCUCUUGUCCAUGAAGCGCUUCGUAGAAGUGCUGGUAGGGUGGUGCUGGGUGGCUUUUCGCUUCUUCUCUGCCGGGCGCCGUGCCGUCCGGCCCGUGGUGCGGGUGUGCCGAUGUUUGUUGGUGCUUGUCGAUAUUGGGAAGGACGGAGAGCCGGGGUGGUGUUGGGUUUAGGCGAUGUAGGGGAGCUGAGGGCUACGUCGGUCGAGGAAAGGGAGUGCACCAGGGAGAUGAGGUUCUGGAGAUUGUGUGGCCUGAUGAGAGAAAGAUCAUCAUCCUCUAGUGGGAGCACCCAUACGUGCCACAGUAG